AGGGAGGAUCCUCGUGCACUGUGCUGUCGGGGUCAGCAGGUCGGCCACCCUGGUCCUCGCCUACCUCAUGAUCCGCCACCACAUGCCCCUGGUGGAAGCCAUAAAGACGGUCAAGGACCACCGCGGCAUCAUCCCCAACCGCGGCUUCCUGCGCCAGCUGGUGGCCCUGGACAACGCCCUGCGCCUCCAGAGGAGCUCCUGAGGGGCUGCCACUGUGUGAGCUCUGCCCGUGGCUCCCCCACAAAGCCCCCCAAGCUCGGGGGGUCCCCCAUGGUCCAGCCCAGACCCUCCACCUGCACUCCUGGCCAUGGUUUCCUUCCCAGCCCCACCUCACCGGCUGCUCCAUCCCUGUGGCCUCCAGGGAGCCUCCAAGGCUUUGUCGUCCCCCCUGGCGUUUGUGUCCCCAGCUGCCAGGACAGCUCCGUGUCUGUGUUUGUGGUGAUGUCAGGCGUGGUGUGCGGGUGUUUGGGUGUUCUCCGUGCCUCGUGCCACCAUGUGACAAUAAAGGCAGAGCUAAGGAACGGC